ACAGGAUAUCCUGCCGUACGUUUCCUAGAUCACAGGGUCAACAAUAUGGCGCUGCCCAUGGUUUAUGAAAAUGUUUCGUCCACUGUUUGACAUUUUUAUUCAUUUAAGUGUUUUUCAAAGUGAGUAGAGUGAGAAAACAGCAUCCAACAGAGUAACAUCUGCUACGGGGGUCACCGUUUAUCCGCCCCAGCGUGUCAGCCGUCCUCCAGCACCAUGUCUGGGCCGAACGUGUGGAGCCGCAGUCGGGAGAGGAUCCGCCGUUUCCCGGAGCUUUUUGCGCAGUGUGCGGGAGAGGCAGCAGCAUAUGGGAAGUGUGUGGCAGCUACGACCACAGGCCGGCAGGAGCUGACCAAGGACCUGUGUGCCAAGGAGUUUGAGGCACUGAAGACCUGCUUUACAAAUGCAGCCAAGAAAGCAGUGAAAUGAAUGGACUCCUCCCUAGGUGCUUGUUUCAUGUUAGAUUCCAGCUUUGCAGUGUGAGAGUGGGAUAGUCACUCAACCUGCCAAAGGUGUGCGAGAAGAUGAGUUUUCAGGUUUUAGUGCUUCAUGAUGCUUGAAGCCAACUCUCAAAGGCUCAGUGGCAGUACUGCACUUCCACUGCUGUGGUGCUGUAAACGAACUCAGUGUGUAUGGUGGGUUGAAACUCAAGACUGAAAAUCCAGUGACAUUGUUUUGUGGCAUAAUGGAACAACAAAGAGAUACUCCCUGUUGCUGCAAUGAAGAUCAUCACUAGUCUCUUGUACUAUUCCUGUGUCAGAAAAUAUAAAAUAUAUAAACAGCAGCAGCAAUUAUGUAAUUUAAAAAUGUGAAUAAAAUGACUGUUGCAAACACAAA